AUGAACUCAAUCAGAGUGGCCAAUUCCCUCGUCCGCAGCAACGUGACGGCUGCUGUGCUCAGAACCACCCCCUGCAUCCUCCUCCCUCAAGCUCAAAGGCCAUGGCUCCCCCAACAACUCCCACAACAAACCCCCCCCGUCCGGUCCUUCUCUCACUCCCCCUCCCUCUCAAAACGUAACCGCAAAGAAGAAGAACCCGAAGAAGACGACCCCCGAGGCAAAAAAGGCGGCAAGAAAUCCAACAAAAAAGAAAAGGGCGGUGCCCCAGCCCAGCAGCAGCAACAAGAAGCCCAACCCUCAGCAGCCGCCGAAGACCCCUUCAACCUCGACCCCCUCAUCGCCCUCUUCCAAAAGACCGAAUCCCACUACACCUCCCAGCUCGCCCUCCUCCGCUCCCCCACCGGCCGCUUCAACGUCGAGUCCAUCGGCGCCAUCCCCGUCUCCCUCGACAAGAAGUCCACCGUCACGUACCGCCUCCAGGAGCUCGCCACCGUCGCCCCCCUAGGCGGCCGCCGGUGGUCCAUCCUCGCCUUUGAGGAAGCCUCCGUCAAGCCCAUCAUCUCGGCCGUCCUCAAGUCGCCAGACUUCAACCAGCAGCCCCAGAGAAAUGAGGAGAACCCCCUCGAGCUGACCAUGACGGUCGAGCCGGAAAAGGUCGACGACCUGGUCAAGAGGGCAAAGGAUCUCUGCACCGAGUGGAGGAAUAAGCUCAGAGACGAAACGCACAAGCACGAGACCCAUGUCAAGAAGAACAAGUCGCUGCUGAAGGAUGACUUGUUUAAGAUCAAGGAGGCGUUGAAAAAGCUUCAAGAUGAGAGGAUGAAGGUUGUUGCGAAUAAAGAGAAGGAGGUCGUGGCUGCUAUCCAGUCCAAGGCCAAAUAG